AUGCCAACACUUAGGAUUCUGAGACUGGAGAACUGUGAACUCAAGAUCGGCCUGGGCUCCAGGACAAAAACCCCUGUGUCAGUUCAGGCACGAAUGACAAUGGCUCCGCAGGCCACGCCCCUCCGAGGCGGCAGUCACGUGGUCGGGCAGCGGCGCCGGCUCCGCGCGGUGAUGGCGGUCCGGGUGUACGAGUGUCCAGGUGGCCGCCUGGCCCCGGCCCUGGCUUUGCUGGUCGGGGUGUUCCUGAACUGCCCGGCGGGCGCCCUCCGGGCCCCGGGGCGCGGCUGGCAGCGCGGCAGUCCGGAGCCGCCCGCCUCCCGCAGCCGCUCGGUGCUCCUGGACGCCGCAUCGGGCCAGCUGCGCCUGGUGGACGGUGUCCACCCAGAGGCCGUGGCCUGGGCCAACCUCACCAACGCCAUCCGCGAGACCGGGUGGGCCUUUCUGGAUCUGGGCACCAAUGGCAGCUACAAUGACAGCCUGCAGGCCUACACGGCUGGCGUGGUGGAGGCCUCUGUGUCUGAGGAGCUCAUCUACAUGCACUGGAUGAAUAGCAUGGUCAAUUAUUGUGGCCCCUUCGAGUAUGAAGUCAGCUACUGCGAGAGGCUCAAGAACUUCCUGGAGGCCAACCUGGCAUGGAUGCAGAGGGAGAUGGAGCUCAACCAGGACUCCGCUUACUGGCACCAGGUGCGGCUGACCCUCCUACAGCUAAAGGGCCUGGAGGACAGCUACGAAGGCCGUGUGGCCUUCCCAGUCGGGAGGUUCACCAUCAAACCCUUGGGGUUCCUCCUGUUGCAGAUCGCCGGUGACCUGGAAGACCUUGAGCCGGCCCUUAAUAAGACCAAAACCAAGGCCUUCCCGGGCUCAGGUGCUUGCUCUGCCCUCAUCAAGCUGCUACCGGGCAAUAGUGAGCUCCUGGUGGCCCACAACACAUGGAACUCCUACCAGAACAUGCUCCGUGUCAUCAAGAAGUACCGGCUGCAGUUCCGGCAAGGCCCAAAAGAGGAGUGCCCCUUGAUUCCUGGCAACAACCAGGUCUUCUCGUCAUACCCUGGCAGCAUCUUCUCCGGUGAUGAUUUCUACAUCCUGGGCAGCAGGCUGGUCACUCUGGAGACCACCAUUGGUAACAAGAACCCAGCCUUGUGGAAGUAUGUGCGGCCCGAGGGCUGUGUGCUGGAGUGGGUACGCAACAUUGUGGCCAACCGCCUGGCCUCGGAUGGGUCCACCUGGACAGACAUCUUCAAGAGGUUCAACAGUGGCACGUAUAAUAAUCAGUGGAUGAUUGUGGAUUACAAGGCGUUUGUCCCGGGCGCACCCAGCCCUGGAAGCCGGGUGCUCACCAUCCUGGAGCAGAUCCCGGGCAUGGUAGUGGUGGCCGACAAGACUGCGGAGCUCUAUGAGACGACCUACUGGGCCAGCUACAACAUUCCGUUCUUUGAGAUUGUGUUCAAUGCCAGUGGGAUGCAGGCCCUGGUGGCUGAGUACGGGGAUUGGUUUUCCUAUAGCAAGAGCCCUCGCGCCCAGAUAUUCUGGCGGAACCAGUCACUGGUACAAAACAUGGACUCCAUGGUCCGGCUUAUGAGGUACAAUGACUUCCUCCAUGACCCUCUGUCACUCUGUGAAGCCUGUAAUCCACAGCCCAACGGGGAGAAUGCCAUCUCUGCCCGUUCUGACCUUAACCCUGCCAAUGGUUCCUACCCGUUCCAGGCCCUGAGCCAGCGCGCCCACGGCGGCAUUGAUGUGAAGGUGACCAGUGCAUCAAUGGCCAAGUCCAUGAACCUGCUGGCGGCCAGCGGCCCCACAUGGGACCAGGUUCCCCCGUUCCAGUGGAGCACGUCGCCCUUCCACACUGUGCUGCACAUGGGCCAUCCGGACCUCUGGAAGUUCUCGCCCGUCCAGGUCUUGUGGGACUGAAGCUCUUCCUCCACUCAGCUGCCUUCCUUCCGCAGAUGCUGGCCGGGACGCCAGACCUGAGCCGCUCCUCCUUGCUCUGCCCCGCUGAACUCUGAUCUGGGGUGGGGUGGUCUCCUGUGAGGUAGAUACAAACUUGGUGGGGCUUAAGGCUGUCCGUUCCUGCCUCCUCUGCCUUUUGUGGCUCAUUCUCUCGGCCCCUGUCACCCUGGGCUGGACUUAGGUUAGGCUGAUAGCCUGGUGGGGUCCCCGGAGCCCUCCUUCCAGUGCUGGGCAGGAGCUAGAGCUGCUGGGACUCAGCAGCCAGCACUUGGAUGUGGCAAGCUCUGCCCCUGGGUCCAGCUCUGUCCCCACAAGAAACAGGCCCCUUGUGUUCUCUGGGCAGCUUCCUUACAGACAGAAGCUUGAACACAAAAACCAAAGUUUCCGGCCCUUGAGGCUGGAGGGCGCUGCGGCUCCUCUCGUGCGGGCAGAUGGCGCGUCACCCCUGCUCUUGCUCCUGUCCCGGCCUCCAGGCUGUGCCACGGUUCCUGCUGUAAACCAAACCACAGCCGUGCCAUUAAACACAAGAGGCUGUGUCCCUGA